UGUACCUGGGCCGAUCCAUUCCCCAGAGCCACGGGGGGUGGAGUGGCUCGGAGAUCCACAGUGGGUCAAGCAAGUUUCUCCCCGAAAGCUGGAAGCGUGCUCUUCGUCCACGAUAUGUCCUCUAGUUAAAAUCCUAGAACAGGGUGGGUUUGGAAUAGGAACAAGGAACGGAAGGAGGAAGGGGAGGAGCAGGCACCCCUCCCAGUCUUGGUGCGCGCCGCGCCCCCUACCCUCCGGGUACCUGGGAGGGGACGCUCGGGCCCGACUCGCCCAGACCGCCGAGAUGGCGCCUUUGGCCAGCCGGCUUUUCUGGGGGCGGCUGGGUUCCUGCCCGGCCACCCCGGGCUGGGGCACUGUCGUCUUCGUGUGGCUCUUUCUCAGCACCUUGUGCACAGCCCCUGCCAGCGCCAUCCAGGUGACUGUGACAGACCCCUACCACGUGGUGAUCCUAUUCCAACCCGUGACCCUGCCCUGCUCCUACCAGUCGACCACGACCCCCAUGGCGCCCAUCGUGAUCUGGAAGUACAAGUCUUUCUGCCGGGACCGCCUUGCUGACGCCUUCUCCCCAGCCAGUGUUGACAACCAGCUUAACGCCCAGCUGGCGGCUGGUAACCCGGGCUACAACCCCUACGUGGAGUGCCAGGACAGCGUGCGCACCGUCAGGGUUGUGGCCACCAAACAGGGCAAUGCCGUGACCCUGGGAGACUACUACCAGGGCCGGAGGAUCACCAUCACAGGAAAUGCUGACCUGACCUUUGACCAGACGGCUUGGGGGGACAGCGGUGUGUACUACUGCUCUGUGGUCUCAGCCCAGGACCUCCAGGGGAACAACGAGGCCUACGCAGAGCUCAUCGUCCUCGGCAGGACCUCUGGGGUGGCUGAGCUCUUACCCGGUUUUCAGGCGGGGCCCAUGGAAGACUGGCUGUUCGUGGUCGUGGUCUGCCUGGCUGCCUUCCUCGUCUUCCUCCUGCUGGGCAUCUGCUGGUGUCAGUGUUGCCCCCACACCUGCUGCUGUUACGUCAGGUGCCCCUGCUGCCCCGAAAAGUGCUGCUGCCCAGAGGCCCUGUAUGCUGCAGGCAAAGCUGCCACGUCAGGUGUCCCAAGCAUCUACGCUCCCAGCACCUAUGCCCACCUCUCCCCUGCCAAGACCCCAGCCAUGAUUCCCAUGGGCCCUCUGUACAACGGGUACUCUGGAGACUUCGACAGGAAUAGCUCAGUUGGUGGCCACAGCUCCCAGGUACCCCUGCUUCGUGACACAGACAGCAACGUGACCUCUGAAAUCCGUAGUGGCUAUAGGAUUCAGGCCAACCAGCAGGACGACUCCAUGCGGGUCCUGUACUACAUGGAGAAGGAGCUGGCCAACUUUGACUCUUCUCGACCUGGUCCCCCAAAUGGCCGUGUAGAGCGAGCCAUGAGUGAAGUCACCUCCCUCCAUGAGGACGACUGGAGAUCCCGGCCUUCCCGGGGCCCUGCCCUCACCCCGAUCCGGGAUGAGGAGUGGGGUCACCACUCCCCCCGGAGUUCGAGGAGGUGGGAACAAGAGCCCCCCCUGGACCGGCCAGGGAGUGGCUGGGGGGCCGGGCGGCCCCGAGCCCGUUCUGUGGAUGCCCUAGAUGACCUCGCCCGGCCAGGCUCCGCUGAAUCAGGGAGGUCUCCCCCAAGUAGUGGGAGGAGAGGCCGGGCCUGUGCACCCCCCCGAAGCCGCAGCCGUGAUGACCUCUACGACCAAGACCAAGACGACUCAAGGCACUUCCCACACUCCCGGGAUCCCUACUAUGAUGACUUCAGGUCUAGAGGCCGCCCUCAUGCUGACCCUAGGGCCCGCUACCACCCCUCCCGGGACCCUCCAGAUGAUGGCUCCAGGUCUGGGGACCCCCAAUAUGAUGGGCAGCUACUAGAAGAGGCCUUGCGGAAAAAGGGGCCAGCGGAGAGAAGGAGACCUUACAGGGAGGAAGAAGAGGAAGGCUACUACCCUCCAGCGCCUCCCCCUUACUCUGAGACUGACUCCCAGGCCUCACGGGAGCGGAGGCUUAAGAAGGUGAGUGAACGGCCCUACCUGGCUCUAAGAGCCUUCCUGGACCCUCUUCUCCAGUCCUCCCCAGCUCACAUCCUUCUUUCUUUUUCCCUUGCAGAACUUGGGCCUGAGUCGGGAAAGUUUAGUCGUCUGAUCUCAACGUUUUGUAUGUAACUUUUGUACUUUUUUUUAAAUUUGAGGAAUUAUCGAUGAUCUCUUCCUAAGACUAAUAAAACUUAUGAUCACAAGU